AGUUUGAGGUUGGUUUGAUAAUGAUCACAACACACAACUUCGGAUCAUAUUUUCUACUGUAAAAACAGUAUUUGUAAACAACCAUGCCUUACACACAUCCCAGUGUUAUAGAUGGGCUGAAUUCAGUAAGCAGCAUGUUGGUCUCUCCCCCCCCCCAAACAAUCAGAAGCUGAGGGAGGACUGUAUGUACACAUACCACUGAGGGACGACUGUAGGUACACAUACCACUGAGGGACGACUGUAGGUACACUGCCUGUAUGCCCUCAGACACAUAAACCUCUAUAUGUAUAACUUUUCUGACAGCCAUGUAUCAAAACACUGGAAUGUAUAUCUAUCAAAUCCCUGUGGAAUGUAACUAUAAUACUACACCAGCUGUCGCCCCACCCACUUCUCAGUCCUCAGAUAACUUUCACUACCCACAUACUUACAAGAAGUAUGUGUGCUGUAGUUAUAAACUGACACUAAAUUAUUUUUGUGAUGUAAUUUGAUUCUGAGAAGCUGAGACCGCAAGUACUUCAUCCCAUAUCUGAUUAAUUCUGUGGUAUCUAUACCACAGGGUUAGGUUUAGAUAUUUUUUGGACAAUAAACUUUUUUUUCCCAUUAGUAACUCAUAAUCACUCAUCAAGUAGAAAACACACAGUAGACUUCCUUGUGACUAAUUAAAAAUGCAAGUCUUCAUCCUGAACAUGUUUAGAUUAUAGACUGCCAGUAAACAUGCAGUCAAGCUACUGAGUGAAUCAUGUGAGACAUGCAAACAAUGUGUAACUAAAUGAUGCGCAAAUGGUCCUGAUUAGUGCAGAUUUAAUUGAACAGAGACUGGUGUGAGUCAAUAUGAUAUCAGAGAUAAUUAAAGCAGUCCUUUUAGAAUUAAGAUGACUAAUCCCUCCUCCUCCUCAUGUCCACACAAAAGUCGAUGCUAUUCUCCAUCACCUCUCCUCCCGAGACAGUCCAGCUAUUCUCUGUCUCCUCUCCUCCCAAGACAGUCCAUGCUAUUCUCCGUCUCCUCCCGAGACAGUCCAGCUAUUCUCUGUCUCCUCUCCUCCCAAGACAGUCCAUGCUAUUCUCCGUCUCCUCCCGAGACAGUCCAUGCUAUUCUCUGUCUCCCCUCCUCCCAAGACAGUCAAUGCUAUUCUCUGUCACCUCCCGAGAUAGUUCAUGCUAUUCUCUGUCUCCUCUCCUCCCGAGACAGUCCAUGCUAUUCUCUGUCUCCUCUCCUCCCAAGACAGUCCAUGCUAUUCUCUGUCUCCUCCCGAGACAGUCCAUGCUAUUCUCUGUCUCCUCUCCUCCCGAGACAGUCCAUGCUAUUCUCUGUCUCCUCUCCUCCCAAGACAGUCAAUGCUAUUCUCUGUCACCUCUCCUCCCAAGACAGUCCAUGCUAUUCUCUGUCACCUCUCCUCCCAAGACAGUCCAUGCUAUUCUCUGUCACCUCCCGAGAUAGUUCAUGCUAUUCUCUGUCUCCUCUCCUCCCAAGACAGUCCAUGCUAUUCUCUGUCUCCUCCCAAGACAGUUCAUGCUAUUCUCUGUCUCCUCUCCUCCCAAGACAGUCCAUGCUAUUCUCUGUCACCUCCCGAGACAGUCCAUGCUAUUCUCUGUCUCCUCUCCUCCCAAGACAGUCAAUGCUAUUCUAUGUCUCCUCCCGAGACAGUCCAUGCUAUUCUCUGUCUCCUCUCCUCCCAAGACAGUCCAUGCUAUUCUCUGUCACCUUUCCUCCCAAGAUAGUCCAUGCUAUUCUCUGUCGCCUCUCCUCCCAAGACAGUCCAUGCUAUUCUCUGUCACCUCCUGAGAUAGUCCAUGCUAUUCUCUGUCACCUCUCCUCCCAAGACAGUCCAUGCUAUUCUCUGUCUCCUCCCAAGACAGUCCAUGCUAUUCUCUGUCACCUCCUGAGAUAGUCCAUGCUAUUCUCUGUCGCCUCUCCUCCCAAGACAGUCCAUGCUAUUCUCUGUCUAAUCCCAAGACAGUCCAUGCUAUUCUCUGUCUCCUCCCAAGACAGUCCAUGCUAUUCUCUGUCUCCUCUCCUCCCAAGACAGUCCAUGCUAUUCUCUGUCUUCUCUUAGUCACUCUCACCAGUAGCAUGUUACAUCAAAACAUAGCAUUUAAAUUUUUCAUCUCUCAACAAUUUUUCACUAAUAUAAUACAAGAGAUUCUCAGCAUACAACAUGGGCCAUUGUCAUGGAGAAUGACCAUGAUGAAACAGUGUGCAUGCUAAUAAGAUUUUAAGAUUUAUGGCAUUUGAUCAUGUGACUGAUAUACCCAAAUGAUUUCUUUUAUUUAUUGACCAAGGUAGGGCAGCUCUUUAAGUAGAAAAUAAAUUGAAAUGUGAAACUAUGCUUAAAAAUAUUUAAUGUCCAUUUUUGAAAGAAAAAAAGAAUCAUAAAACAUUGACCUUCAAACUGCUUAUCUACACAAUAUAUAUAUAGACUGUUUCUUCUCUCUUUCAAUCACAACUUAUCUGUACUGCUAAAAAGAAACAGAAUCUCCAGUCUUUGAUAAAUGGAUUACGUCUUUGAUCACCAACACAUGCUGCACCUGUGCAUUAAACAAAGCCCAAUCUACAUCAGAAUGUCUGGGGCAAAAAAAGACUAUCCCUAUCACUUCAGAAUAUCAAAGGAAUGCAGACUAUCACCCACUGUUGUCAAUCAAUUAAAUUAGAUCAUAAGUCAAUGCAGGCUAAUUAACUCAUUUCUAAACAUUCCCUAGGUCUGAAUUAGAUACACAAUUUUCAUGGAAGAUGCCAGAUAAUUUUUUUUUCAUUACAAUCAAUAUAAUCAAUGAUGUAAUAUGUAAGCUCAUUUAACCUUUUUAAGAAAUAACUAGGACUUCUCAGUUAAUCUGAUUAUGUAUAACCCACUUCAUAUCACAGUGAAGUUUUUAAAAUUGCUAUUCAUUACUUUUUUAUUUACAUUUCCAAUGUUUCUGUCUUUGAUAUCUUUACCAAUUGCAAUGACUGCCCUUCGUCAUCAAUGCCCUGCAGUUGUGAAUAUCACAGGUAUGAAUCUUGAUAAAUAUUGUGUGUUUACUUUAACAGCUGGAAAUUCAGACAGAAUUGAAAGUAGAAUGUAAUUAUAAAAAAAAUUCAUUUUUGAAAAUACAUGAGGGUAUGAACUGCAAUGCUUUAUGCCAUCAUACUUCAUGAUCGAAGCACAUUAUUCUUAAAUAAUGCACCUGAUAAAAAUGUAUCAUCUUAAAAUAUGACACUAACAAUCUACACCAUUGACUCUGUUACCUUCAGGGGAAAGUUCUAUUAGAGAGAUUUAAAACAAAGUAUAUGAAGAGGUUUAUCCACGGAAUUUUAAAUCAUCGCAAAAUUAAAGCCUUUUAGAGUAUCACCAGAUUUAGUUUAAAUUUACAAACUUUGACAACCCUUUGUAGUUGUGUUGGUCGGAGAUGAAGAGUCAUGGUGAAGUAACUGAAGACUUAGUUGAAGUUGUGACAGUUUGAGAGUAACUGAAGACUUAGUUGAAGUUGUGACAGUUUGAGAGUAACUGAGGACUUAGUUGAAGUUGUGACAGUUUGAGAGUAACUGAGGACUUAGUUGAAAUUGUGACAGUUUGAGAGUAACUAGUUGUAACUGUAAGUUAACUGAAGUUGAAGUUGUCACAGUCUGAUGAGUUUUGGUAUGCAUAUGUAUCAGAACUACAAAUGGAACUAAUAUAACUAAUUGAAUCAUCGCAAUAUUGAGCUAGCUUUCCUUUUCCUGUGGUAUUGAUAGAUUCCUGUUGCACCCUAGCCAUAUGUUUUCAGAGAGGUCUCUGAUCAAUAAAGUCUUUCCAUUUUAUUGACUAUAUACUUAUCUUCUCCUAACAGGUUCCUUUCCCAUCAAGUCUGAAUAUCAAAUAUAGUACCGUAAAUUCUUAGUCUAAAUUUGAUCAAAAUACGAGUAGGCUUGUAAAAGUUUGCAUCAUUCCGGGCCUUGGUAUGAGAUCCUUCCAUUGCGUCUUCAACAUUAGUGUGUUUUGUCACUUUGAGCCGCAAGGCCGUAUGCAAAACCUGACAAAGCUUAUUCUGUUCUGUACAAUGCUGGUAGGGCUUUUCAAGAAAAUUGAGAGACAUUUAGUGGCAAAAGGCCCAUUUUACUAAUGCACCAGUCCAACUCCAUUGUAAGCAACAAGGAUUUUAUGAAUUACUUGUUGCAUACUAAUCUAGGUUCUUUUUCAGCCUCUGGAGAACUUAAUUCUGAUUGAUUCAGAUCCGCUACUCACAAACUCUUGUUUCCUAUCAAUUCUAAAUAAAUCUCCAAUUCUCGAUAUCAUUCACAGACAUUGUGAAACAUUGUGCCCUCUUAAGCUGAAAUGCUUCUAGGGAAAAUUUUCAUCAACAUGCAUCUGUCUAGUAUGUACAUAAAUGGCCAAUCAAUUCUACAGUUUUUCCAUGGAAAUUGAGGCAGAAGAAAUCCCCCAUAAUAGACAGACAAGUCUCUGACUGUAUUCAGAUCUUUACAGACCAGUAAAACAUUACAUUUUUAAAAAAGAGUCUACAUUUUUCUCUUAUACAAGAUUAAAUUUCUAAGAUGUAGCAAUAUUAAGAAUCGGGAAUGUGAUGUAUAAAUAUCCUCUUAUCAACAGCUGGAGAUGAAUUUGAUCAGCCAUUACAAGUCACAGGCACUUCAUAAACCUCAUUAGGGUAUUUACCCACAAAAUCAGAAUCCCAAUUUCUCCUGAGAGUCACCCAUUGUUUGUGUGAUGUGUACCUACUCGAAAUUAUUACAAAAUAUUUAUUUCAGUGGCCCAUUACUGGGUAAUCCUAUGCUGUAAGUAAUUGCAAUAUUUGUUAAUAAUUCACCCUAUGUAUCAAUUUUCAAAUGUAACAAUACUACACCCAGAAACUCUCUGCCUGAAAAGUUACGUUAGGUUUUUGAAAUAUUUUUUCUCUGAUUUUACGUCACCAACGUAAAACAUGACAUUGUUUACUGUGGUGUAUUGUCACUCCCCUUCUGUGUUACCGUGGUGAUUGCCUCGGCCUGACUGUUGCACCACGCCAGACAAGUAGAUGAUGUAUUAUUCACUCAUAAGACAUACAUCUUCAAUGAAUCAUGCAUCCUGUUGUACACAGAGAACAACAGAUCAAAAACGCCAGGUUGCCCAAAUGUAAUUUAAAGGUUCAGAUACAGAGGAAACUUAAUCUCAGAGUUUGCACAAUGUUUUAGAAUAUGGGCCACGGAGGCUCACAACAUCUCUCCCCACAACCCAGCAAUACAACAUCAAGGAAAUACUAAAUUAUAUCAUGAAGGUUUCAUCUCAAAUUGGCAGAAAUCUUGAUAAAAUAUUUCCUUACCGGCAUUAUUGACAGAGAAUUCAGUAACAGGGCAUUGUGCCUAUGUUAAUUGUCUAGGUAUAAUUACAGAACUGAAUCUAUUAACCCUGUCACAGAAUAUCUAAGACCAUCAGAAAUACAUCAGUUUCACUUCACCUAAUAUAUCAGAAAUACAUCAGUUUCUUUUCAGAUUUCCUAAUAUAUCAGGUAUACAUCAAAAAUUUCUGAUAAAUAAAAGACUUCGUCAUUGAGAUAAACGGUUUUACCUGUACAGGAGUUUCAGCCUUGAGCUUUUUCUUUUUGCCUAGAGUACUGCUUUUUCCCAUCCUAAAUCUUGUACUGCCAGUUUAACCACUGUUUACUAACAUCAGAAAUUAAGGUAAAAAGCCCAUAUCCAUUAACAUGAACACAAGUGGUUCUCUUUCACUCAAGUACACAAAACCAAUAUUGCACCAAACACCUAAAUUCUCCCAGGAAUCAUAAAACCACUAACAACACAGACUCGGUUAAAAAAGAAUCCAUGUAAAAUUCUAAAAUUCCAGUUCACAAGUCAAUCACAGUUUUCACGGGUCAGAGAUAUAAAAAAAAAUACGUUAUCCUACAGCCAUCCGACAUGUGUGUGAUUCACUCAAUAUUAUUCAGUCAAUCAAACUGCUUAGCAUCUGGGUGAGUGGGAUGCUGUGUUAACCCAAACCAUCUCUGGAUCCAAUACAUAUAUACAGAUGAUCAGUCAGUGGAGAGGCUCACUUAGCAGAAGAUUCCUCUCUGGGGCAAAAAGAAAAUGUCUUCUGCUGCUGCUGCAGUUCCUUCCUUUGUACACGACUGUAUCACCUCACGAGAAGAAAGAGCAGGUGAAACAGUUCACACCCAAAAAAAUAAACCCACAAAGUGUCGCAUGUGAGAUCAAUCACCAAUUUAUGCUCAUGUUAAUGAGGCCAACUGCUCCAUUUACAAGUGCAGCCAAUUAAUUCACAAUAUCAAUGGAAAUCCAAUAUUCACAAUUUUUAACACCAUAUAAAACUGUCAUUUAACCUUGAACAAAGAAAACCAUAGUUUUGCACACUAUGCAUGUCAAGUAGAGUUUGAACUUAUGACAGGAAGAGGGAAGUCAUACACAAUUUCUCAAAUAAAACCAAAUUCAUCAGAACUAGUGUUUUGAUAUUUUCCUAAAUUAUAUUUAUAUGCUACUUCAUCAUAAGAUUACGAUGAAUUGAAGUGAUAUUCUCAGUAUUUAGUCUCUGGACUUGUUUACUUUUGUUUGUCUCGUAAAGUCAGUCAGCUACACAGGAAAAAGCACAGGUUGUGAAUUUUGCUACUUUAAAGUACUUCAGGAAGUAAGAAAACAGCCAGAAACUGUUUGUCAGUUCAAAAGCACAGCCAAGACUAGACGUUCAUCCUUAUCUUUCAUCAAAGCUGAAUUUUGAUUCACAUCCGAACAUAGGUCUGAUACAAUGAAAACUAAAAAUUUCGAUUGAAAAAUAAGACCAGUUUAUUCAGACCUCUUUUAAAAACCCACAUAUAACUCAAAAACAAAAUUCUAAGAAAUUUGAACAUUGAACAUGAAAUUGUUAGUAUACCAUUAAAAAAGGAUAUAUAAAUUUAUCAUAAUAUUGGAAAUAAAAUGAAUUGUUCUAUACUUUCUAUUGCAAAUUACUCUAAUGUAUUGUACUGUUGUGCUUGGUACUACACAGUCCUGCUGUUUGCUUGCUUAUAAAGUACAUGUACAUUUAUGUUCUAUUCAAUCAUUUUUUAAUCACACUGAGACGUGUCACCAGCUGUAGAUGAAAUGCCACAAACUUUGACUUAUGCAUGGCACUUAAGGUUAUAGCAGUAUAGGUUCUUUAUUGUGUCAAUGCCUUCUGUGACACGGGACCUCAGUUUUUAAGGUCGCAUAACCCAAAAGAUCCACGACUUGUGCCUCUGAUGUCGGGCGCUUGCCAAAGAACCCGUCAUUACAUAUAUUAAAAUGUCUUAGGUUUGAUGUGGCACUGAAAUCAAGAAUUGAAUUCAAGACCUCUCUGUUGUAAAUCAAGCACCCUCGCCACAAGGCUAUCGUGACCAUUGAUAUUGUAACUGGAUACCAAUAAUACAUUAGUACAUGUAUCAUUCCAAUAUUCCAACAUAGAGCCUAUGUCAAUGGUAUGUAUAUCAAUAAUGCAUUAUUCCAAUAUAUUGCCUAUGUAAAGAAUAACUGGAUACCAAUAUUGAUACAUGUAUUCCAAUAUGUUACUCGUGUGAAUGGUAACUGAAUACAAAUGUUAAUAAAGGUAUACGCUAUAAAAAAAUUACAAAGGGUUUGAAAAGACGUAAAAAUUGCCUACUAAACAGUCUGAUACUUUUCAGAAAUCAUGACCCUGAAAACUUUUUAUUAGCAAUCUGCAACUACAUUGCUAUAUGCUUUGCAAGGAGAAUUUUAAAGAUAAAUUGUCCACAUUAGGAUCAUAAGCUACUACAUUCAAAUGAGUUACCUUGCUCUCACUGAAAAAUUAAUUUAUUAGGCAUUGUGAUCCCACAGUGACCUAAAGCCAUCAUCUGGCCAUAUCUGCAGAGGGAUACUACAGCAUUGUAGCCAUGUUGCUCUUGAGAAGAAGUUUUCAAAGAUUAUUCUUGUAAAAACUGCUUGUGAUUACCAUUUUGACCUUGAGGGUCAUGGUUUCAUUAACCUUCAAUCUACAAUGUAAGAAGAUGAUUGCAUAUCCAUAAUACAAAUCAGUCUCACAAUCUUAAAGACUUAUCUUUUACCUACAAAUUGAUAGGUACAACAAUGGACCUUAUUGCAGCCCUAAAUAGGGGCCAUGGGUAUUUGUUAUGACCAGAUUACAAUUCAUAUUAAAACCAGGCAAAUUAUACUCCUGUUUUAAGAAAUGGGAGGGGAGAUUUUUAUCCUUACACUUCGCCACAGCUAGUUAUAAUUUGAACUGAAGGAAACUUUCACAUCAAAGUGUCAACUAGAUACAUCACACUCGGGGGAAUUCUGCUGCACCCCCAACACUGGAGUGUGGUCAGUAGUGCAGGCACAGAUAAAGAGAACCUAAUGAUCAUAUAUCCCUGCUGCUCUGAUAAUUACCAACAUUUAAGAAUAAUUAGUAAUACACUGGACAUCUGUUCUUCUGGAGUUACACCAGGCAUUCCACUGCCCAGUGUUACUGAAAUAAUGUAGCCCUACUUUACAUUGAAAACACAGGAUGACUUAGAAACCAAUGUUUAAAUUCAUUCACACUUCACAAUUUCUUUCAGGGGCAGAUCCAGAAAAUUUUCAAAGGGGGUGGAGGGUUGCAACCAAGGUUUGUACCUUUUCCACCUAAAUAAGUGAGGGGGAUGAAGACUCCAUAAAAAUGUUUUAGAAACAUAUACCCCCCUUCCCCCAUGUGGCAAUAAUUCUAAAUUUGAAUGCCUGCAAUGAUAGUGAAAAAGAAGGGUUAUCUACUAGUCAGGGGCAACCAAAUUCCUAAGUUUGAUCUCUCAAUAUACUGAGCAGACAUUUCCAAAUAACCAUUUGAGUCAUGACCUAUGACCCUGUAACUUAAAAAUUAAUGUGGGUCAUGUAAUCUUUAGGGGGGUACCAGUGUACCAAGCUUGAUGUCUGCCAUCAAAGGUUCAAAAGAUAUCAAAUGAAAAAUAUCUUAUAUCUAGAGUACUUGUGACCUUAAAAUCAAUAUGGCUCAUCUACUCCUUAGGAUGCACCGGUGUACCAAAUUUGAUGUCUGUCAAGCAAAAGGUUCUCAAGAAGAUACUGAGUGGACAGUAUUUUCCUAUGUCUAGUCUGAUCCUUGACCUUGUGGCCUCAAAAUCCAUUGGGGUCAUCUACUUUGUAAGGGCAACCACUGUACAAAGUUUGGUAACUAUCAAGCAAAUGGUUCUUUAGAUAUGAAGUGGAUAAGACUUGGUCUAUAGACCAAAAGACGCAAAACAAUAUGCGUUCUAUUUUUCAAGUGGGGUGGGGGUGGGAGUGGGGGGAAUAAAAAUAUUCAACUAAAGAGAGGCGGGAUUUCAGCCCCUGUAAUUUCAGUCCCUGUAAUAACCCCCUCUAGAUCUGCCACUGAGGGGGAAUAGCAACCUCUGUAAUAACCCCCUCUAGAUCUGCCACUGAGGGAGAAUAGCAACCUCUGUAACAACCCCCUCUAGAUCUGCCACUGAGGGGGAAUAGCAACCUCUGUAACAACCCCCUCUAGAUCUGCCACUGAGGGGGAAUAGCAACCUCUGUAAUAACCCCCUCUAG